UCUCAUACCCAACUUUCCCGUUUCAGAUUUUAACAUUUUCCUCCUCACCCAGUCCCCCCAAGUUCAUAUUUUCAUUGCAAUUUACUAUCAUUAAGCAAUCUAAUCAGAUUACACCGAAUUACAACUAAGUGGGUUGUUAGUUGCGCGGCUUUGAUAUAGUUUAUAUCAGGAAUGAACCUGUUGUUGUGAUCAAAAAAUGUUUUUCCAAUAUGUUCUUCCAGUUCUGAUUUUGUGCAAUAUUUGUUUAUGUUUACCAACUCGCGAAAAUGACCUGGAAGGAAUAAAACACGACGUGAACGAGUAUUUUCUACAAAACCCCAGAUAUAUUGAUUAUGAUGAGCUGACGAACCUUUUCAAAAAGUUGGAAACUGAACAUUCUGACAUAGCUAAGUUGAUGUCUGUUGGGAGAUCAGUGGAAAAUCGAGAACUAUGGGUAUUGGAGAUACAUGCUAAUGUCGGAAAUCGCAGUCUUUUAACACCAAUGUUCAAAUAUGUUGCGAAUAUGCAUGGAGAUGAAACUGUAGGAAGACAGUUGAUGAUAUAUCUUGCCCAGUAUCUCAUUUACAAUUAUGGGAAAGAUGAUAGGGUAACAAGGCUCGUGAAUACUACAGAUAUAUACUUGAUGCCUUCAAUGAAUCCAGAUGGCUAUGAAAAUUCAUUGGAGGGCCAUUGUGAUUCUCGUGCUAAAUAUCUUGGAAGAAACAAUGAGAAUGGAUUUGAUUUGAACCGUGACUUUCCUGACCAAUUCAAUAAAUCUUUAACACAAGGUACAAUAUUAGCCGGGAGACAACCAGAAACUGUUGCUAUGAUGACAUGGAUCUUAUCCAGGCCAUUUGUUUUAUCCGGUAAUUUGCAUUCUGGAGCGGUUGUAGCUAGUUAUCCAUAUGAUAAUUCCAAUACAGGCAGGCAAUGUUGCAAAGAAAGUAAAUCUCCAGACGAUAAAUUAUUUAAAAGGCUUGCUUCCCUUUAUGCUCAAAACCAUCCGAUUAUGAAAUCUGGAAAUGGUUGCCCUCAGGAGCACUUUGAGGACGGAAUUACCAAUGGGGCCUUUUGGUAUGAACUUCAGGGUGGCAUGCAAGAUUUCAACUACGUUCAUUCGAACUGUUUCGAAGUUACGUUCGAAUUGACGUGUUGCAAAUUCCCUUCCGCAACAACAUUGCCGAAAGAAUGGCAACUGAACAAAGAACCUCUGUUAAAAUAUAUGGAAGCCACCCAUUGGGGAGUCAAGGGUAUUGUCACAGAUACCGAAGGUACACCGGUACUCGAUGCCGACGUACAAGUCAUUGGAAUCGAGCACAACGUUACCACCUCGAAUCGGGGUGAAUAUUGGAGACUUCUUCUGCCUGGAACAUACGAGAUAGUUUCGUCAGCUUAUGGAUACGAACCGUCCAAAAGAGCGAGAAUAACUGUAGUGGAGGGCAAAACAACGAGACAGGAUCUUGUGCUCAAAAGAUCUGUUCCUAUAGAAGGCGAAUAUAAGAAACUGAUCGAAGACACCAAAGAAGUCUACGAUAAGUACGGUUUCAUGAUAUCUGACGAUUCCGUCUUCAAACAUCAUCAUUACUCCGACAUGGAGAAAUUCAUGAAGAAGUUCAACAAGACAUACGCGAACAUCACCAAUAUGUAUUCGAUCGGAAAGACCGUACAAGGAAGGGAGAUGUGGGUUUUCGUGGUCAGCAGCACACCGUUCAAACACGUACCAGGCAAGCCGGAAUUCAAAUACGUCGCGAACAUGCACGGAAAUGAGGUGGUGGGCAGGGAAAUUCUUCUGUUGUUGAUAAAAUACCUUUGCGAAAGGUACGGAACCGAUGAUCGGAUAACCCAGUUGUUGGACACCACCAGAAUCCAUCUGAUGCCUAGUAUGAACCCUGAUGGAUACGAAAUAUCCAGAGAAGGUGACUCUUCGAGCGCAAGGGGACGAGGAAAUGCCCAUGGUGUGGAUCUGAACAGAAAUUUCCCCGAUCAGUAUAUAGUCAACGAGUUCAACAGGGUGAUAGAGCCGGAAACGAAGAAUGUGAUGGACUGGAUGCUCUCCGAGCAUUUCGUACUGUCAGCAAACCUCCACAACGGGGCCCUGGUGGCCAAUUAUCCUUACGAUGAUACCCCUGAUCUGAAGCAGUACAAGAAUCCGACUCCAGAUGACGCUGUUUUCAAACAUCUAGCUCUGACUUAUUCCAAUGCUCACAGGACAAUGCACGAUGGAAAACCUUGUCCGAUGUUCCCCAAGGAAAAAUUCGUAAACGGUAUAACAAACGGUGCUGAAUGGUAUGUGGUCACCGGUGGUAUGCAAGAUUGGAACUACAUGGUGGGUGGUUGCAUGGAAAUCACGUUGGAACUUGGUUGUUAUAAAUAUCCCACCGCUGAUAAAUUACCCGAGUACUGGUUGGAUAACAGGGAAGCUCUCAUAACCUACAUGGAGGAAGUCCAUAAGGGAAUUCAUGGUUUCGUUAGAAGCACAAUCGGUCAACCUAUACCUCGUGCAGAAAUAAUGAUAGAGGGAAUUUCCCAUUUUGUGAAGACCGGUAAAGAUGGGGAUUACUGGAGGAUCUUACUGCCUGGAAUCUACAAUAUUACGGUCACUGCAAGAGGGUACGAGAGUUACACACAGCAAGUUAUUGUCCCAAGUUCCGGCAGUAUCAGUUACAACGUGACCCUCCUGAAGAACGACGGGGCCCACUGGGCCAACGCCUACGAUUUCGACAACCUAAAGAACCAGUAUCAUCCGAAGUACCACGCCAAUAGCGAGAUCUACGAGAUCAUGGGCAAAUUGGAGAACAUGUAUCCGGAUUAUGCCAGUUUUCAGAGUGAGAGCGAGGUGUCGAUGGCCAUCCACAGGCUGAAGGUGACAAAUGAGGUGGAAUCUGCGGAUGACAACAAAUUCAAGGUAGCGGUGAUUGGGAAUCUCUACGCUACCCAGCCUUUAGGACGCGAGUUAGGGAUCUACAUAGCGCGCCAUCUUCUGGCCGGUCUCAAGGUGGGAAACCCGACAAUCAAGAGGAUUUUGAACGAUACAGUCGUUUACAUAGUUCCAGUCAUCGAUAAGGCUUUCGAACAAGUCUGGGGCGAUUACCAGAGGGAAUCCAGCGGGGUUAAAGUACCUGAUAACUACGUGUGUAAUAAUAUAACGGCUGAUUUCAAACAAGUCGGCGAUCAGAUCAUGAAUUUCGGCAAGGGUAGGGUCAAUAGCAUAGCAGCGUCAAAGAGCCUGGCCAACGCUUUCAAGAGAAUGUUGAUCGAGGAAAAAUUCGACUUGGUUUUGAACAUCGAAGGUGGUGGUAGUGGCAUGAUAUAUCCAAAAUUGAAGGAUUCCCUGAACCCCUACAAGAAAUUCUACGACGCUUACACUUAUCAAUACAAACCGUCCAUUUUAUGUGGCAACGACUUCACCGGAACUCAGGAAACGUUAACCGACUAUCUGUACCAUGAGUACGACACACCAAUCUUGACGGCUAAAGUUAGUUGUUGUGCUUAUCCAGCCGUUGAGAACUUGCCUUACAUCUGGAGGGAAGUUAUCUUCCCGGUUAUGGAUAUCUUAGAGCUGGCAUCUUCAGGUGUUCAAGGUCACGUACAAGAUGACAGAAAGAAACCGAUGACAAAUGCCACUGUCAAAGUCCAAGGUUUGAAUAAAACAUUUGAAGUGACGAAAGUCAAGGCCGACUUUAAUAUUAUGCUGCCUCCCGGCAAAUACGUGCUCGAGGUCAACUGUCACAAUUACAAAACUGCCUUUAUCAAUGUCGUUAUAACCAAGCAAAAACUACACUUGCCCGUUACUUUAGUCAGAGGUGAUCUCAACGUUGGUGUAGCUGUACCGGUUUUGAGCAAAACUGAUAAAAUAGAGAAUAACAUCCUUCGAGAACCUUUGUAUUUGAACGGAGUGAAAAGCAACGGUUUGAGAGGUUACGUGAGGGAUAAUUUCGGUCAUCCUGUACCAAAGGCUGUGAUACACGUCGUAGAAAACAACUUAACAGUAUUAUCGGAUGAGGAAGGGAAGUACGCUUUACCCCUGGAGGUGAACAGGUAUACCAUAAACAUAUCGGCUGUGGGUUAUCACCGAUUGACCAAGUACCUGAGCGUUGACGAUCUGAACGGGGUACCCGACGUGGUUAUGUUCACUCUAAUCAAGAAUUCCAGUGUUAUGGGCUUGCCGAGGAUUGUUUUCGUCUUGGUGUUAGGUUUUGGUACAGUUUUGCUGGUGGCAUCUGUGAUUUUCUGUUAUAUGACGUGUAAGAAGAAGAACGAAUAUUGGCUACUGAACACAAGCGGGUAUUUCGAAGAUUACAAGGAUUAUGACGAGAGUAAGGAGAAUGAAUUGUUCCGAAGACCAAUUGAACGUAAACCGGUGAUAGUUAGGCCUUACUUUGAUGAAGACGAUGAUGAGGAGGGAGAGUAUGAGCGUGUGGACAGGGAUUUACCAUCAUCGUCGGACGAUGAAGAUGACAUUGUUUUACUGAGUAAAUGAUAGUGACUCAGAUGUGAAAAGUACGGAAAUGAGUCGAAGAGUCGAAUUCUCAGAUUGAUCUGUGAGUAGUAUUCAGAUAACCAAAGUAGUAAUUGAUAUAGAGUUAACGUAACAGAUCAUUCCAAAUUUUACAUCAUGAAUUUUACAUCAUUGAUUUUAUACUCAAAACAUUCCUUAUCUCAUUCGGGAUCUCUUCCAUUUGUUUGUUUCCUAUAAAUUCUUAUAUUAUGCACUACGAUUUCAAAGUGUCGUUUAUUUUUUUACCUCUCGAUUUUAUCUUUUUGAAAUAUUUGAAUUAAUAUUUUUAUACUUAUUUAACUUAAUUUUGAGUGUUAUCAGUUACGAAUCGAGUGUUCGUUUUAAUGCAAUAUGAUAGUUUUAAUGAAUAAUGUUGAAUUUUAUGUAUAUCACUCGAAUUGUUUGAAGAAUUAAAAUAAAACUAAACUCUCAACAAUUUUCA